AUGGCGUUGUCUGGGAUGAGAGGGUUGUCGGUGUUCAUAAGCGAUAUUCGGAAUUGUCAGAACAAGGAGCUGGAGCGCCUCCGCGUCGAUAAAGAGCUCGGAAAUAUCCGCACUCGCUUCAAGAACGAAAAGGCUUCCACACCUUAUGAAAAGAAGAAGUAUGUCUGGAAGAUUCUUUACAUUUAUAUGCUGGGUUAUGAUGUGGAUUUCGGUCACAUGGAAGCUGUUUCUUUAAUAUCUGCUCCAAAGUAUCCUGAAAAACAGGUUGGCUACAUAGUGACAUCAUGUUUGCUCAAUGAGAAUCAUGAUUUUUUGAGAUUAGCAAUUAAUACUGUGCGCAAUGAUAUUAUAGGACGCAAUGAGACUUUUCAGUGUCUGGCUUUGACUUUGGUUGGAAAUAUUGGGGGCCGAGAGUUUGCGGAAUCACUAGCUCCUGAUGUUCAAAAACUACUCAUCUCAAGUAGCUGUAGACCGCUUGUGAGGAAGAAGGCUGCUUUGUGUCUUCUGCGCCUCUAUAGAAAAAACCCUGAUGUGGUGAAUGUGGAUGGCUGGUCAGAUCGGAUGGCGCAACUAUUAGACGAACGGGAUUUUGGUAUCUUGACGUCUUCUAUGAGUCUUCUGGUUGCUUUGCUGUCGAAUAAUCACGAGGCAUAUUGGAGUUGUCUUCCUAAGUGUGUUAAAGUAUUAGAAAGGCUUGCAAGAAACCAAGAUGUUCCACAAGAAUACACCUAUUAUGGUAUCCCAUCUCCCUGGCUUCAGGUUAAGACAAUGAGGGCUCUUCAGUAUUUUCCAACUAUUGAAGAUCCGAACACUAGAAGAUCAUUAUUUGAGGUUUUACAACGGAUACUAAUGGGAACUGAUGUUGUGAAAAAUGUGAACAAGAAUAAUGCAUCACAUGCUGUUCUCUUCGAAGCCCUUGCUCUUGUCAUGCAUCUAGAUGCUGAAAAAGAAAUGAUGUCGCAAUGUGUUGCCUUACUUGGGAAGUUUAUAGCUGUGCGGGAGCCAAAUAUACGAUAUCUUGGUCUGGAGAAUAUGACUAGGAUGUUGAUGGUUACAGAUGUGCAGGACAUUAUUAAAAGACAUCAAGCACAGAUUAUUACUUCCUUAAAGGACCCUGAUAUCAGUAUAAGGAGGCGUGCCCUUGAUUUGCUAUAUGGCAUGUGUGAUGUUUCUAAUGCGAAGGACAUAGUUGAAGAAAUAUUGCAGUAUCUUAGCUCUGCAGACUUUGCAAUGCGUGAAGAACUGUCACUCAAAGCUGCGAUUCUUGCAGAGAAGUUUGCUCCUGAUUUGUCAUGGUAUGUAGAUGUGAUCCUUCAGUUGAUUGACAAGGCAGGAGAUUUUGUCAGUGAUGACAUUUGGUUCCGUGUUGUGCAAUUUGUCACAAACAAUGAGGAUCUACAGACUUAUGCGGCCGUAAAAGUUAGAGAAUACGUUGAUAAGCCCGCUAUUCAUGAGACAAUGGUUAAGUUGAGUGCUUAUAUCCUUGGAGAAUACAGCCAUCUUCUGGCCAGGCGGCCUGGGUGCAGUCCAAAGGAAAUUUUCAACAUCAUACAUGAGAAACUUCCAACUGUUUCGACUUCAACAAUUCCAAUCCUUCUAUCGACAUACGCUAAGAUUUUGAUGCACACUCAACCACCAGAUCCCGAGCUACAGAACCAAAUUUGGGCAGUAUUUGGCAAAUACGAGAGUUGUAUUGACGCUGAGAUACAGCAAAGGGCUGUUGAAUAUCAUGCAUUGAGUAGGAAAGGUGCAGCUCUCAUGGAUAUAUUUGCUGAAAUGCCAAAGUUCCCAGAGCGACAGUCGGCAUUGAUAAGAAAAGCUGAAGAUUCUGAAGCUGAUACAGCAGAACAAAGUGCAAUUAAAUUGCGGGCAGCACAACAGCAGACUUCUAAUGCUUUGGUAGUGACUGACCAGCAUCCUGCAAAUGGGACUCCACCUGUGGGCCAGCUUAGUCUGGUGAAAGUGCCUAGUGUGAGCAAUGUGGAUCAGAACACUACAGAGCAAGGGGUGACACAGGCAAAUGGGGCUCUGACUAUAGUGGAUCCUCAACCACCUAGUACACCUUCAGCUGAUCUCCUUGGAGAUCUUUUGGGCCCACUGGCUAUUGAAGGCCAUCCUAGUGCCGCUGUCCAGCCUGAGCCGAACUUGGCCUCUGGUUUGGAAGGUGGUUCGAAUGCAGCAGCAGAUGCUUUAGCCAUCGCACCUGUUGAAGAGCAGUCAAAUAUUGUCCAGCCAAUUGGUGAUAUUGCUGAAAGGUUUCAUGCUUUAUGCCUUAAGGAUAGUGGUGUGCUGUAUGAGGACCCUUAUAUUCAGAUUGGCAUUAAAGCAGAAUGGCGAGCACAGCAUGGACGGCUUGUUCUUUUCUUGGGAAAUAAGAAUAUUGCUCCACUUGUAUCAGUUCAAGCUCUGAUAUUGCCCCCGUCACAUUUAAAAAUGGAACUCUCACUAGUGCCUGGGACUAUUCCACCUAGGGCACAGGUGCAAUGCCCACUUGAAGUAAUCAACCUCCGGCCAAGUAGAGACGUAGCUGUUCUUGAUUUCUCAUAUAAGUUCGGAACCCAUGUGGUCAAUCCUAAACUGCGCCUUCCUGCUGUGUUGAACAAGUUUUUGCAGCCUAUUCAGGUGUCUCCUGAAGAGUUUUUCCCGCAGUGGAGAUCACUCUCAGGGCCACCAUUGAAGCUCCAAGAAGUUGUUAGAGGUGUAAGACCAAUGCCACUUGUGGAAAUGGCAAACUUAUUUAACGGUUUUCGGUUGACAGUUUGCCCUGGGCUUGAUCCCAAUCCCAAUAAUAUGGUCGCUAGCACAACAUUCUAUUCCGAAAAUACACGAGCCAUGUUAUGUUUGGUAAGAAUAGAAACAGAUCCAGCAGAUAGAACCCAGUUGCGUAUGACCGUUGCAUCUGGAGAUCCUGCACUGACUUCUGAAUUGAAGGAGUUUAUUAAAGAACAAUUAGUUAGCAUACCAGUUCCUUCUCGAGCACCCGCACCUGUGCCUCCACCAGCUCAGCCAGUCAGUCCACCGACUGCCACAUCAGAUCCUGGUGCUAUCCUUGCUGGUUUACUGGCUGAACGGCUGAUUUUUAUCCCGCCUUGCUUCACGGAUGGGAUGAGGGCGGGCGACCCUAAAAUCAAUUUCUUAAAGAAGUAG